CGGAAUCGGCGGCGGCGGUGUUGCGGCGGGCGAACCGCACGUGACGCGGCGCCCCAAGGCCGGCCGUAGAUCGGCGCACCAUGCGACGCGAUGCGGUCCGCCAGCUCCGAACUGUUGCUGGACACCAAGCAGCAGCAGCUCCGCAAGAAGAAGCUGCUGGAAUUAGCGGCGGCCAAGAAGCAGAAGCGUGGCGCGCCCCGGACCCUUCGCGAGAAGGUGUGGUUCUACUCGACACUGUCGUUCGCCAUGAUCGCCGUCGGUUCGGGCUCGGCGCUGCUGUUCCUUGUGCCGCUGUACGUGGACCCGGCCGUGUCAACGCUGCUGGCCGACUUCGUGCCGGAACCGGUGCUGUGCACCACGGUGCGCCGCGAACAGCUGGCCGGCUUGUACAACUGCACGUGGAGCUCAUGCCGGGAGGGUUGCACCAGCGACGUGUACAACUGCAGUCACAUUUACGUGGCGUACAGGACGUCCGCCGGUGGAGUCAGUGGCGCCGAUGGCGGUGGCGGUGGCAUGCAAGUGGCGUCCGGUCGCGGAGGCGACGUGAUCAUGACCGAGGCUGUGCUGCUGGUCAACAUCAAGGGCUGCGGUUACCCGCCAGCCGUGGCCUGUUCCAACUUCACCAAGGCCUACGGCGAGCUGGGCGCCACGUUCCCGUGUCACUAUUCCCGGCAGAACCUCACGCUGGCCGUGGUGGGCUACGACAAGCGACAACAGUACGCCGACAUCGUCCACUACUUUGCCGUCCCGUUCGCCGUGUGUGUGGUCACGUCCAUCGUGCUGUGCGUCAUGCAUUGCGACUGUCAGCAGGCCGCUGCCGCAGCCGCCCGACAACACGCACUACCGGAACCGUCCAGGAGUUCCGCCGGACACUCGCACACCGAGGGCUACAGCGACCACUCAAUAAGCACCCGAGUAGAACGGCUGGACGAAGCAAUAAUGGAAGCGUCAAAAGCAUUACAUGGCGAACCGAGCGGAUUAUGACAAUACUCGGAGACGAGCUGCUGAACACGUGUACCUCAGCACAAACUGCAUAUGCAACACAUAAUAAUACAACAUAAUAAUAUAAUGUAUACUUAUUAUUGUAAUUGUUAUGAUUAUUAUUAUUUAUUACCAUUAAAAUCGUUUUUAUCGUACCGCAAUCGUCAUCCAGUGGUAUAGCUCUGCGGAGUUGAGCAGACUUGUACAUAGGUACACACGAGCUCGACAAAUACAUCACGUCACGUAAAACUCGAGUUACUUCAGUUCAAAUCGAAAAACUGCAGUAAUUAUGUAUUACAUAUUAUUAUACUAAACGCAUAUAUACGUAUUUAUACAAUAUUAUGUGUUUUAACGUGUACGUUAGUGAAAAACAUGUACAGUCAUAUAAUUACGAGUUGUUAAGUUUUCAUUUUUGAAACACAGUAAAAUUAUAUAAUAUAUAAUAAAAUUAAUAAAAUUAUUGAGUGUUGAUUUAGAUAUAUGCGAA